AUGCAAGAAAAUAAUAACUGUAAUACUAAACACCGUUAUUUCAUAGACGGAAAAUACAUUUUAUCAGGUUCCCAAAUCCUCAGUAUUUGUUGGAGUGCUGAAACUGAAUUACUGGUGGGCUUACGAGCCAAUUCCUUGGUUGUUUGGUGUUGUCCUAAGGCAGCUACUCAACCAGAUUGGUUAACCAUCACCACUGUGAAUAAGGAGAUAAGCGAUUUAGGCCGUAAUCCUACUUUGGUUUGCGUUGAAGAAGGCGUUGCAAGAGUGUGUCGAGGCAAUGGCUCGAUAUUGCAUGUAUCAGUUGCUGUCUUUCCUGAAAAACUGCUCAAGCAUGUAGCUGCUAAUAUGUGGCAGCCUGCUUUACAGCUAAAGUUUUGGCAUCAGAAAAAACAGAAUCCACAACCAAUACAGCAUCUGUAUUCUAUAUUUCUACAGCUGUGUCGAACAGUAGAAGACGAGACAUUGUGGGCCUGUCUAGCGGUACUCGCCUGGCAGCAACGUCAACUAGAGGUCGCCGAAGAAGCAUUUGCUUUAAUACAUCAAUACCACCAAGUUUGCUACAUACAACAUCUAAGGAACAAUAUACCUGAGAAAAUUACGAAAAAUGAAACAUAA